AACGCAUUGAUUAAUAACAUUUUCGGCCCGACCAACUUUGCACUAACUUGGAUUGUAAUGAUGUUUCGUUCUCUCUCAUUGGUAGAGCGUGUAAUAUCAGCCAAUAGCGAAGCAUUUUUCUAACUCAAAUUGGUGCAAAACCGGUCGGGUCGGAAACGCUAUAAGUAUAUUUUUAUCACAAUUUUCGAUGACCGUAUUCUUAAUAUUUACUAUCCGCUUGAAAAUUUAUUUCUAGAUGUUAAAAUGUAUGCUUUAACUCAUAAAACAGAAAAUGCCCAUGAAGAUAGUAUAUGGACUUGUGGAUGGGGUUGUCCAAAAAGGAAGAAAGAACAUCUGGAUAAUGAAGAUUCACGGAUUAUAUUUGACAGUGAUUCUGUACAGUCUAAUGAAGACGAGACAGCAGAAUAUCUUGUAACAGCUUCUGUGGAUGAUUCUGUGAAAGUAUGGGAAUUGAAGGAGGAUGCUUUGAAGUUAAAACAUAAGUUAACUGGAUAUUCCUUGGGAGUUGUAUCCAUAGCUAUUAGCUCAGAUGGAUCAAAAUGUGCCUCAAGUUCACUUGAUUCGAGUCUAAAAUUAUGGGACUUAUAUUCUGGUGAUAAGUUAUUGAGCAUUGAAGUUGGUCCAGUAGACAUUUGGACUUUAGUCUUUUCUCCAGAUGAUAAAUUCAUUGUAUCUGGCAGUCAUGCUGGUAAGAUACAUCUAUAUGGAACUGAUAAUGGUAAACAAGAACAGACUUUAGAUACAAGAGGUGGAAAAUUUACAUUAAGUGUAGCAUAUAGUCCUGAUGGUAAAUAUAUUGCAAGUGGCGCAAUAGAUGGUAUUAUUAAUAUCUUCGAUGUUGCCUAUGGAAAAGUUUUACGUACCUUGGAAGGUCAUGCGAUGCCUAUCAGAUCUUUAUGUUUUUCACCCGAUUCUCAGUUGCUUCUUACAGCAUCCGAUGAUGGACAUAUGAAACUAUAUGAUGUCAAAGAUGCAAAUCUAGCAGGAACGAUGUCGGGUCAUGCUUCUUGGGUACUUGGUGUGGCUUUCUCACCAGAUGGACAGCAAUUUGCAUCAAGUAGUUCUGAUCAUACAGUCAAGAUCUGGGAAUUAGCACAAAGACAAUGUUUGCAUACAUUUCGUGAACAUAAGGAUCAAGUCUGGUCAGUUAAGUAUAAUCCACAGCGAAAUAAUAUAAUUGCGUCAGUAUCUGAGGAUAAAUCUAUUAAUUUAUAUGAAUGUCCUAUAUAUGAGAAAUAAUUGCAUUAAGGAUCAAUAAAUAUUUUUUGUCUAUAUCGUUUAUUCUGUUUAUUGGUUGCAAACAACUGAUGACAUUUCUUUCAAGUUUAUGAAAGACCGGAGGAUAUUUUUUAGCUACAAAUUUUAUUGUACUGCAAGUAGUAAUGUACAAACUAUAAAGAUCUGUGACGAAUUUGAAAUGCGACAUGUAAAAAAAUUAUUUUUAAAACCUAGAACGGAGUGAAAAUGAUUUUAUAAAAAAGAAAUUACAAGGAUAGUCAUGGUGUACAGAUCAAAUAUUUUUUAAUGAAUAACAUAAAGGUACCCUGAGUGGUUCCAAGUUGGCGGAGUUAAAUUUAAUUAACUCGAACUGGAACAGGGUAAAAUGUUUACAGAGAAGACUUUUCAAUUAAACAAAUAAAUACGUAUAAUAAAUUCUAGCUCAUGUACCAAAAGAUCUCCUUCCGAUAAGAGUUUGGUAAUGAUCUGAUUCCCACACAAAAAGGAAAAUUGAUAUGAUAUAAAUGAUGAAAGAUGAAAUUAAAAACAAAAUUAAAAAUGAUAACUUGCAGUUGUGCUCAUUUGCAUUGAAAUCUUUGAUGAAAGAAAGAAAUAUUAAAUAAUAAUUAAAUAUAUAGUAUUUUAAUCUUAAAUCUAUGUCUUGUUGACCUGUACAUCACUUCAAUAAUAAGUACAUUUAUUUCCGAAAAGGAUCGAUUUUGAUAGACUGUUUAUAAGCGAAAUUAGUAUCCAUGUAUAGUAUCCAUGUAUGAAGAUAUAUUGGUUGUAAACUGGAAACUUAAAUAUACACUCGUAAAAUUUUUUGCUCAGUAAUGUCAUUUUUAGUAAACUACUUAGACCGUUUUACGUUUAUGGUCGAUGUAAACGAUAUUUUUUCAUUACGAUUAAUUUUCGAUCGAAGCUAAUUUCGCUUAUUCCAGAGCUUUCGUUUUACUUAUUAGUCUUGAUAAAAUAAUUAUAUCUUUUAUCUCUAUUUGUAACAGAUGGUAC